ACUCCAGUCUAGUAGGUGGCGGUAAUACACCUUUAAGCUGAGUUGCCAACCGCCAUAAAACUCAAAAGAAGAAGAAGAAGAAGAAGAUUGUUGUACAAUGUUGCGGUCUGUCGUGUCUUUCCUGGAUGAUAAAAGAGGUGUAAAAGAGGAGUGUGGAGAUGAUCGCAUCACUGAGUGCACGGUAAAAACCGAGGAAUAUGAAACCAGCGUAGAUGCAACAAACGAAGGUAUGGCUGUGAAGCUAAAGGAGGAAGAUGAGGAGCAAAAGGUAUCAGAGGAAACACCAGAAAUCACAGAGUAUAAUGAAGAAAGCAGUAAUCAGAGCUUUCACCGAGUCUUGGUUUUUACGCAGGCAAGCAACAAAGAGAAGACCACCAACAGUCAUUUGUUCCACUGCCCUCAGUGUGAGAAGACGUUUGCUAAAAUACAGUUUUUAAAAACCCACCUAAGAGUCCAUACGGGAGAGAAGCCUUACGGGUGCUCACAUUGCGGACGGAGGUUUUCUCAUCUAGCGUCUUUAACAGGUCACCGGAGAACACAUACAGGAGAGAAACCGUAUCAAUGCUUUCAGUGUGGAAAGAGGUUCGCUCUUUCAGGCUCUUUAAAAUUGCAUGAGAGGAUCCACACAGGUGAGAAGCCCUACCAGUGCCUUCAGUGUGGGAAGAGCUUUUCUAGACAUGCGUUUCUAAAAAAACACCAGCGUAUGCAUUCUGGAGAGAAGCCCUUCUGUUGCCUUGAGUGCGGCAAACGGUUUUCCCAUCCGAGCUCCCUAAAGGAUCACGAAGGCUCACAUACCGGCGGUAAGCCGUACAGUUGUUCCGAAUGCGGAAGGCAGUUUUCUCACCCGAGCUCUCUCAAAGUUCACGAGAGGAUACAUAGCGGCGAGAAGCCUUACCACUGCACUCAAUGUGGGAAGAACUUCUCCCAUCUCACAUCGCUGAAAAUUCACGUUCGGAUACAUACCGGAGAGAGGCCGUACCAGUGCUCCCAGUGUGGGAAGGGUUUCUCUCACGCAGGCUUAUUAAAGGGUCAUGAGAGGAUACAUACCGGGGAAAAGCCGUACCAUUGCACACAGUGUGAGAAGAGUUUCACACAGUCGAGUGCGUUAAAAGUUCACCAGAGGAUCCACACCGGAGAGAAGCCUUACUGCUGUUCGGAAUGCGACAAGUGUUUUUCUCAUCCGGGGUCUUUAAAAAUUCACCAAAGGAAGCACACUGGAGAGAAGCCUUAUCAGUGUGAACAGUGCGGCAAAAGUUUUUACAGAUCGUGGUACUUAAAAGUACAUCAGAGAAUACAUACUGAAGAAAAGGACAUUAGUUCUAGCUGAAUGUAUUUUUUUAUGGUUAACAUAGACUUUUAUUUAUAAACUCCAUGACUGCUGCUGUGAAGAGAGAUUUUAUGCUGUUUAAAGCUGGGUUGGUUGAUAAAAUCAGAUCAAUGUUGGAGGUAAUAUGUGAGCAUCAUUACUGCACCACUGAAUGUAUUUGAUGUAUCUUGGCGAGCCACAACAUGAGGUCUUCAACUCAUUUAGCUGUAAAAAAAUAAUAUAUUUUGGCCAGCACAUGCCAAAUUAAAAUAUACACAUGUCCUCUAUUAAUUUGGAAAUACAUAAUGAUUCUAGAAAAUAUUGUAAGUAUAUUACAAAGGAAAUACAGUGCUUUGCAAAAGUAUUCAGGCUCCUGACCAAUUCUAUAUCAGUGUCAUUUUCAAUUUUAAGUUCAACUGUUUUCAAAUAAGUUAUUGUUGGUUCACAUUGGGGGGGCACAGUGGCUUAGUGGUUAGCACGUUCGCCUCACACCUCCAGGGUUGGGGGUUCGAUUCCCGCUUCCACCUUGUGUGUGUGGAGUUUGCAUGUUCUCCCCGUGCCUCGGGGGUUUCCUCCCCCGGUCCAAAGACAUGCAUGGUAGGUUGAUUGGCAUCUCUGGAAAAAUUGUCUGUAGUGUGUGAUUGCGUGAGUGAAUGAGAGUGUGUGUGCGCCCUGUGAUGGGUUGGCACUCCGUCCAGGGUGUAUCCUGCCUUGAUGCCCGAUGACGCCUGAGAUAGGCACAGGCUGCCCGUGACCCGAGGUAGUUCGGAUAAGCGGUAGAAAAUGAAUGAAUGAAUGGUUCACAUUGUUGGCAUUGUAAAAUAUUAUGUUUGCGUAAGUGUUCAGUCCUCGCACAUUGAUAUAUUUGGUUGAGUUACCUUUUACUGCAAUACAGCUUUAAGUCUUUAAGCCUUGUUUUAUUUCUGCUCAUUUUUAAGGUCUCUAUACAGAUUAUUUAAAAAAUAAUAAAUCAGAUUGCAUAAUAAGUAAUAAAAGCAGAAGAGGGAAAUUGAGGAUUUUUCUUACAGUCUGGAUACUGAAUAUGUUGAAAUGUAUUUAAAAAAAGAAUUAAAUAAAUAACAAAAUAAAAGACUCCAGUCUGAGCAUAAGAGUGAAUACGUGUACAUUUGUUUAGGAUUUUCUAUAACGUUUUUAAAUCACAUUUAUUGUUACACGAGUUCUAUCAUAAGUAACACAGUAUAAAGUCUGGAACUAAUGAUGGUUUAAGUACUUCAUUUGUUUAUAGUUAGGUUUGUAGUUGUGUCUUUCUGCUGCAGGCAAACAUAUUUCCUCCCUCGUUGUUCGACAACCUUUCUGACGCAAAAGAAACACUCUCCUCUUCUGGAAAGGUGCACUCUGAAUCGAUCGAGUGCAUGAAUAAUAGGCUUUCAUGAUAUUUUAAAGUAUAUUGUGCAUUAUUAUUGUUCGAUAUCACCCAGGCCUGAAUGUUGAAACACUUUGUGUACAUCUUGUGUACAUGUACAAGUUCUAAUAAAACCUUAUGACUAUU